AUGCCCCCCUCACCCCCCCUCCGCCACGCCCUCAUCACCGGCUCCAGCCGAGGCAUCGGCCUCUCCAUCGCGCGCCUUCUCUCCGCCCACUCCUACCGCUGCACGCUCCUCUCCCGCUCCCGCCCCUCCCUCACCUCCGCCGUGCAAACCCUCGAAUCCUCCCACCUGCCCCCGCACCAACAACACGCGUUCAUAGCCGGGGACAUCUCAGCGCCCAAUUUCUGGACCGACGACGAGUUCGGCGCCGAAUGGGACGAGCUGCGCGCGCGGGACCUAGCCAUCGCGCAUAAAUUGGGCGUCGACGCGGGGGACCUGGCCGCCAGCAACAGGAAGAUCGACGUGUUGGUCAAUUGUGCGGGCGUGGCGCAGAAUAGCUUGUUCAUGCGGACGAGGCCGGGGGAGAUUCGCAACGUCGUGGAUAUGAAUCUCACGGCUAUGAUGGUGGGGACGAGGUAUUUGCUCCGGAAGCAGGUGAUUGUUGGGGUUAAGGGGGCGGCGGCCAAGGGGGGAGAAAGAGGGGAGGACGCGGAGGUGUUCAAGCCGGCGAUUGUCAAUGUGGCCAGUCUGCUGGGUGUCAAGGGCGGGAAGGGGGCGGUUGCGUAUGCGGCGUCAAAGGCCGGGGUUUUGGGAUUCACCCGAGCGCUGGCGCUGGAAGUGGGCAGGAGUGGUAUAAGGGUCAACGCCAUAGUACCCGGUUACAUUUCCACCGACAUGACGGCGGGUAAGUGA